AUGAGUCUCGCAAAUGCACUACUGGAUCUUCUCCUGGAUGCGUAUCACCAGGUUGAGAUCGCAAAGAACCUAGCUCUUGUCUCGGUCACAUUUUUUGUGCUUGACCUAUUCGUGACGUUCGAAACUGAGAUCAAACAUGUAUGGUCAUCAAAAUGGGGAUAUGGGCGUAUUGCUUUUCACUUCAAUCGGAUCUGGAGUAUUCUUGUUCUUGGGGUCUAUGUUCCGAUGAUAUUUAGUCACGAUGUAUCGAUACCCAGGUUGGUAAUCUUCACCCUUGACACAAAUGUUUCACAGGCUUACCCCUCCCAGGUGUCGCAGGACAAUAACUUUCUAUGGCUAUGGUGUUAUUAUCCUGAUAUUCAACACAACCAUCCAUACGUUUGCGCCCUUCUGUUGCCCCACACAAAACCCGAUGCUGCCAACUUAUUUCAUCCAGCAAGAGGCGACAUAGUCAAAGAGGUUUUGUCGUCGAUCAAUCAUGUGAUUCUAAUCCCGGGUGGUGCCAAGGUGGCUGUGUCUUGGGUAUCUGGGCUUCAUUCCACCAUGCCACCCUACGUAGCCAGACGCGUGUGCUCCCCGCCCGACCUACCUCCCUACCUUAAAAAUAUUCAUGAGUUAAAACCUAUUGAUGACAUCCCGAGCGAUGAAGAGUUCAUGGGAAUACACGCCUUAAUCCGGAUGGCCAGUCGGGUUGUUGACGUGCCGGAUAUGGGCGACCCUGUACUUCUCGCCCGAUUGUCAGAACAUUUGUUUAACGCUCAAAUGGUCAAGUAUCAGAGUAAAUACACAGUGGUAUUUCCGGAAAAUACAACAUACACACCCCCGGUCCUUCCUGUCCAUGUACCAGUUCAGCUCGAGCCCGUUAUUGGCGCCCCAUCCGAGGAGGAGAUUAUCAAGGUACAAAGUGCCAUACGGUCAUACAAUCAAUUCUCGAGUAUUCAGUCAAUGUUUGACCCUCGCACAGACAUGGAGCUGUCACAGCAUCUGUUCGAUAUCCAAAUGGGCAAACAGAACGACGUACCCAACGAGGCAUCUGUCAAGAAACCUAAACAAAGUAUCGUGCAAGUCGAGGAAAACGCACAUACAAAUAAUAUUGGAAGUGGAGCCAAUGUCAUUGAGCUAAAUCGUUCGACACACGUGGUACAUGAUAGUGGCUUCCGAGUCGAAGAUGUCAUAGAGCGAUCGAAUCAACUAGUGGAACAAACGAAUCAACUCGUUGAGCGCUCUAACCAGAUUACCCAGGUUUCCAACCGAUUAUUAGAACGAUAUAGUCAAGCUACAGAAUGGCCGGACAAAACUCCUGAGAAACACAACGAAGUUCUAGAAAGAUUGAAUGGUCACUUGGAAAAAGCCAACCAGGUUGCUGUGGAAUCAACAAAGCCCACCGAGCGCCUUGGCGAUAUACUGGAAACUAUCAAUAAAGUAUUGGUUGGAAUUCAACAUGCCAUUGUUCGAAAUGGCAAAGGAAAUUCGAGAUUUGCUCUCGACAGCCUGAUCAAUGAAAAGGGAGAUACUUUAUGCAAAAACACUGGCGGUGCGUGGAGCUUCCGGAAUUUAUUCCGUCAUGCGGGACACAACGAACCGUCUAUUCCGAUAUUCGUCAAUGGGGUUAUGGAAGAAUUUUCCCUCCCUGAACGUAUACUUGGAUCGGUACUUUGUUAUCAUGGCCUUGGUGGAGAUCUAUGCGAGACAGGGUCAGAAGUCAAGUUGAAGCCAGGAACUGCUGAUAUGGCACGAGCCAGGCUGAGCAGGUAUUGGUCGUCAUGCCUUGGAUAG